AUGUCUCCCUCCAGAGGCCCGCCGCCCGAAGACCUCUCCUCAACAUCCCAAAGCUCCACAGAAGCACGCGCAACAAUCCGCUCUUCAAGCGCCCUCCACUCCGCCAAAGCAAACCUUCACUUCCUCUUUGCGCCCGACUCACCCACUUCACCACGACCCGCACAUCUACGGACACGCGCACUCCUGCGCUCUCUCCGAUACAUAAGCAUCUUCAUAUUCUGGCGUGUAGUACGGUACGCGAAAUAUGCGCUUGUAGGGUCGAUUGUUGCUGCGCUGGGGGCGACGGCGUUUGGGGGCAUGGUUAGUGGGGUUGGGUUCUUGCUUGCGCCGCCGACGAUAUUGGGGAGUUUGGGGAUCGGCACGGCGUGGGCAGUGGGCAAGUGGGGAUUCAGGAAGAUGGGGGUUGGUGAGAAGGUUGUGCAGGGGGCGGAGAGGGAGGGGAGGGUUAGUAGGGAGGGAGUGAAGGAGAAUGGGCAAUGGAGAGACGUUCAAGGGCCGAGGGCAACUCCGUGGUGAGAAAGUUGUUUGGAUCUUGAUGUCUUGUCCAUGAACAUACAGUGUAUCCAUCUUACAAUUACACGGAUGAAGAAAAAUGCACAAUUGGCAGCGGAAGGAUGAUGUUUACUUCGUUCAAAAGUGCCAAUAUCUUUGAGAUAUUCAUACCCAUUGCCAAAUCUGUGUAGAAAUGUUGGUUUAAAGUGUGUGUCCAAACACCAG